CGCUCGGCGGUGACGGCAUCUCAGCGCGCCGGCAUCUCAGCGCGCCGGCUCCUCACGCCACUCCGCAGUCGGGACCCACCCCUCCAUGUGUCAGGCCGGUGAGGAUUACGCGGGGCCGGCGCGGCGGGAGCCUCCGCCCGUGCCGCGGCCAAGCCGGGAGCAGAAAUGUGUGAAGUGCGCAGAAGGCCUGCCGGUGGUGGUGAUACGAGCGGGAGAUGCCUUCUGCAGGGUUUGUUUCAAGGCAUUCUACGUUCACAAAUUCAGAGCCAUGCUUGGGAAGAACCGGGUCAUCUUUCCUGGGGAGAAGGUGCUCCUGUCCUGGUCUGGGGGCCCUUCGUCCAGCUCCAUGGUCUGGCAAGUGCUUGAGGGCCUGAGUCAGGAUUCUGCGAAACGGCUGCGCUUUGUGCCAGGAGUCAUCUAUGUUGAUGAGGGCGCAGCCUGUGGUCAGAGCUUGGAGGACAGACAGAAGACGGUGGCUGAGGUGAAGCGGAUCCUGGAGAACACUGGUUUCCCAUGGCAUGUGGUUGCCUUAGAAGAGGUGUUCAGCUUGCCCCCAUCAGUGCUAUGCUGCACUUCCCAGGAGUCAGCAGGGACAGAGGAGGCCUACAAGGCUGCCGUGGACCGCUUCCUGCAGCAGCAGCAGCAGCAGCAGCAGCGUGUGCUGGGAGCUGAGGCCGGUGCCAGCCCAGCUCAGGGAGAGGCUCGGCUGCAUCCAUCCCACGGCCGGGAACCCUCAGGCACGGCCGGGUACCCCACAGCUGCUCAGACAGAGGCCUUGUCUAGGUUGUUCAGCUCCAUAAAGACACUGACAGCCAAAGAGGAGCUUCUGCAGACCCUGAGGACCCAUCUGAUUGUGCACAUAGCCCGAGUCCAUGGCUAUUGCAAGGUAAUGACAGGGGAGACCUGCACCCGCCUGGCCAUCAAGCUUAUGACCAACCUGGCCCUGGGGAGAGGCGCCUUCCUCGCCUGGGACACGGGCUUCUCAGAUGAGCGACACGGGGAUGUGGUGUUGGUGAGGCCCAUGCGGGACCACACGCUGAAGGAAGUGGCCUUCUACAACCACCUGUUUAGAGUCCCCUCAGUCUUCACACCAGCCAUCGAUACCAAGGCUCCAGAAAAGGCUAGCAUCCACCGGCUGAUGGAGGCCUUUAUCCUGAGGCUACAGACUCUGUUCCCGUCUACAGUCAGCACCGUGUACAGGACGAGUGAGAAGCUGGUCAAAGCUCCCCGGGAGGGUUGUGCCGCUGGCCCGUCAGGCCCCAGCUGCCUCCUGUGCAUGUGUGCCCUGGACAUUGACACUGCUGACAGUGCCACGGCCUUUGGGGCUCAGUCCUCCUCACAUCUCUCCCAGAUGCCGAGUGCUGAGGCUGGGAUGCCUACCCAGCCCUGCUGUGCUGCAGGGGAGGGUCAGGCCCAGAGCUGCCAUAGGGAAGUUGGCAAGAGGGGGGAUGCACGGGCCUGCAUCACAGAGCAGUUAUGUUAUAGCUGCCGAGUGAACAUGAAGGACCUGCCCUCCUUGGACCCAUUGCCACCCUACGUCCUUGCUGAGGCUCAGCUCCGCAGCCAGAGGGGCUCGGUCUCUGAGGAAAUCCAGGAGUAUCUGAUUACAGAUGAGGAGGAAGACAGCUGAGUCGUGCGGAGCCAUGAAGCAGGAAGGCGAGGACAAAAGGAUUGGUCUGUGACAGUCCGUUUGUAUAAAUAAAAAUGUUUUACUUAGAAAACCCUACAGUACUUGUGGGAAGGGAGAGCCAGGCCCCCAGACCAACUGGCAGGGACGCAAUGGGUAGGGACACAGCGUCCCUUUGACAGCAGCAUCAUCAGGGCUUACGUAGGCCAGGACCUGUCACAGCUCGUGCCUUGGGCAGCUACACUCCAACCCAAGGAGCUCUGCCAGCCCUGGUGGUCAUGCUGCCCUGAGGCAGCUCCUUCAUUCCCGGUGCCCAGGGCCUGGGCUCCUACUCCCUCUCACGUGUCCACUUAAUCAUGGUCUCUGGAGAUCGGUACAGGAAGAUGAGCUUGGCGUAUAGCUCCUCCUCCAGCUCCAGCUCCCGGGUCUCGCGCACCAAGAAGAUGUCCUGGCACAGCUUGAGGAUGCGGUCCACACACGGCAGUUCCUCGAACAUGAUGGAGUGAGAGAUCUCGCUGAAGAAGCCCCGCACAAACUUGCCAACCACCAGCACGAUGGAGACGUACAGCCCCACAAUCCUGUCGGGAGAGGCGGGCAUGUGAGCCGGGACCACUCAGAACCCUUGGGGCUCUCGGAGAUCCCUCUGCAGUACUCACCCGUAGCCGGCCAGGAAGCCCAGGCUAGGUGGGCUGACCUUGUCACUGAAGAUGACCAUGGGCAGCAGGUUGCAGUCAGCCUUGCAGUCCUGCAGCUCGAUGACCCACCACUCGAGGAAGUCGGAGGCCUUGGUGCCCGCUUGCUCCCCAGAGGCCCCUGUGCCCACUUGCUCCCUCCGCAGCUGGAUGCGCACACCAAGGUAGUCCUCUUCCUCAUCUGAGUUGAGUGGGAUAGUUAGAGUCGGGCUACACUGGCCCCCGGCCUAGCCCGCAUCCCUACAUCCCUGCACCCACACUUCCGGCCUAGCCCACAUCCCUGCGCCCUGCUCCCACACUGACCUGGCUGCAGCUGCUUCACAGGGUUGGCUUCAGGCCCAUUGGGAGCACGAAUGUACUUGGGGAAGAGAUGGGGAAUGACCCUGUGGGAGGAGUCAGCAAGUCAGGGGCAUCUUAGCCCUCCUGCCCACAUGCCCCACAGUGGCCCCCACUCACACUGACUGCUCAGGUCAGGGGCAUCUUAGCCCUCCUGCCCACAUGCCCCACAGUGGCCCCCACUCACACUGACUGGUCAGGUCUGCCCUCGAGCAGUUGGGCCAGCUGCCUUCGUGCCGUACUGUUGGGGGCCAGCUCCAAGGUGUGCUUCUCAUUAGUAUACUCCACAGUGCCACCCUUGGCCAGGUCCCUGGGGAGCAGGCAGUGUUAGGCAGUGUGGGGCAUCCCCCAGACCCUCAUAAGAACAGGACCCACCUUUGGAAAUUCCAGGUAAAGCGCAGUGUAAUGUCG